GUGAAUAGUAAGUAUCUUGGGUGUGUGUUUGAGAAAAUUUAAAGCGUAGGGGUUCGGUUCUAACUCUUAAUUUUAGAUUCCGCUGUUAUACGUUACCGUAUCGGAAACGAUACCGUACGCGUACGGUACCCCGGCCCAGCCCGCCGGCGCGGCCGUAAGCCGCUACAAGUCCAGCCCAUUUGUCACAGCUGAUGUAUAGCUCUUCGGAAGUGUUCCGUGUUCGUCGGUUAAUGGUUCAUUUACCAUCCUGCCUGUGGGGAAUCUACAGGUUUCCCCGAUUCACGAAGGAACACAGCUUACCCCAACGCUUCUAUAACAGUACAUAUUCAAGGCAUCCUACAUUGUCAGAAUUGGGCUCGUCAAUUGGAGGAUUACAUUUAAGAGUUGACAGGACCAACAGAUGUGUUGUACUGCCGCUUUGUCUAUUCUGUUUGGACAAGUUUCCAGUGGUGCAUAAAAGCAGAAUGCAGAUUUUUCUAUGAUGAAGUUGAGUGCUUGGUGAUACCUACAGUAAGUAGUAUGUGUGGGACUACAACACCUCAACGACCGGAGGUUGGAGUUUCAGGUAUAUUGGAUACUGAGUGCCAGAAUCCGAGCAGACAUUUAAAUUGAGCAGCAUAUGGUAUCAGCAGAGGUGAAGCUCGGGAAUGAGGAAUGGCAAUUGUGUUGCGAGAGCUACAUGUAUACUAGUUGUGUGAUGUUUUGCUAUAUGGUAGGAACACAAAUGAAACAAAUCUGACGCCCUGUGGAGUAAGCUGACAUUCUAUUGAUCAUAGUGGUUUUAAAAAGGAAGCAGAGUUUUUAAAUUUCAUGAUGUAUUGAAAAAAAAAGGGACUUCAAACUGAGAGGUUUCAUUUUGGACCACCAACCAACCUUCUGUUGGGGCUCUCUAAGAUGAGAAUGAUUCUGUAAAUUUGGUUAGAGUUGCAGUGUUGAACGAGAGCUCAGAUAUACAAUGUUAUUGUGCGGUGAGCAGUCUUACAGUCACUUUCAUAAUUGAUUUCAUUGUUAUAUGUUUUAAUGUUGAACAUUACAUUAUGGGGAGGUCAUCUACAUGUAUUUGUAAGUUCUUGUGCAAGCCAUUCAUUUACUGUGGAACAAAGUUUAUUUCCCUCUGUCGCAAUAGAAAGUUGAAAAGAUUCCUUCUAGCCACUUUUACCAUCUACUUUCUGACUUUCUGCAUUGCUCUGCCCAUCCUGUGCCGUGACUUGCCGUUAACAAAAUACUAUCGCCUCUGGAAGGGUACAUCCAGACAAGCGUUGAUAAACGAAGCCAAAGAUAUCAAUAGCGUCAAUGCCGAUAAUGCCCAGACACAUCUGGACCGAAUGCCGAAGGAAGCCACCAAACAGCUGUAUGAAGAAUCAAUGAGGAAGCGGGAUCUAAGGUAUGCAAUCGUUGUGCAAACUAUCCCAAGAUAUGGGAGGCCUUCUCCUCGCUAUCUUUCUCAGUUAAUGGUUGCGCUACAUGAUAUCCUUCGGGAGUCUGGAGGCAUCGCAGAGACGGCACUGUUCAUAUGUAACACCCAACGAUCUGCUGGAGAGCAUAAGGAAGCAUUGGCUCUGUCUGAAUACUUCCCGAUGGUGCAGACAUCGCUCGGGCCAAGAAUGGAUCGCUAUGAACGCGAGAAGGAGGACUACCUCUUCUGUCUUCAGGAGGCACAGACGCUAUCUCCAAAAUAUGUGAUUGUUCUUCAAGAUGAUGCGCUUCCUCGUGCAGACUUUUACACAGUCAUGGAUUAUGUUCUGAAAUAUAGAGUUGAGACGCAGAUUCAUCAAAGUGAGCUCCAUCCGGAUCACGACGAUUGGGUGUGGCUUAAACUCAACUUUCCCGACUCUCUUGCCAAAUAUGAACGCAACUACUACUUUGCCUUGGAAUGGGUUUCCAUAAGCCUUAUCGGAGCAUCAAUUUUUGUAUUCAUGAUGCGAUUUAUACUGACCUCUUAUUGUGGAAUGAAUGCUGAUGAAAAAGCAAUAGGGGUCCUACCGUGCUUCCUUGUGGGAUUCGCAUACUGCAUGUUAUUUACAUGGCUCCUGGGGAGACCUUAUGUCACUCUUCCACUAACGCUUUCCAAAUCCUUCUACAGGCUUGGCCCUGGGACAUCCUGUUGUCUGCCGGCAGUCCUGUACCCACAAUCACAAUUACCUGGGAUCAUCAGGUUCCUGGAAACGGUACAGCUAGACAGGAGCAGGCCAUUGGACUUUGCCUUGGACGAUUAUCGGGCCCAGAGCAAACUCCGUCAGUUCUUGAUCAGUCCAAACUUAUUUUUCCAUAUAGGAGUGGUUUCAGCUUUGCAUAGCAGCACCUCCAAUUCCAGGGUUGCUGAGAGCUUUCUGUUCAUUGUAAAAACCAUGAAGACUCCUUUUUUCAAUUGGAUUCCUCAGGAUUGAGAACUAAAUUACCUGUACAUGUAUGCCACUGCACAGCUCAAAUUUUGCAAUAACUCAGCACAAAAAGUAAUGAAAAAUAAUAUUUCUGAUUUUUACUUUGACAUAGCUAAUUUUAAGCUGUUUGAGAAUGAUCUAUAACUUUAAUCCCAUUAACCUCAAACUCUGCAAUAACUCAGCUAACAAAAGAGAUUUUGAUCUUGCUUUUUACUUGGACAUAGCAGAUCCUAAGCUUCGUUAGAGCAAUCUGUGUCUUGUCAAUAUUGAUCAGCUAGUUCAAUUUUUUAUUGAAAUGUAGGAAAAUUUUGAGGUUAGAUUCAGAGAACAAGAAGAAGCUUCAUUCAUGCAUGAGAUGUGAGAAAGCCAUCUCAUUUGUUAUAAACCCUCAAUCAACUCUCGCAAUUGACUAUUUUUUUUCUCUCCACAAGUUGAUAAUUGAGUAUAUGAAUAUAAAAAAGGCCCAAGUCCAUAGGAGGUCAUUUCGAGAAAAUCGAAAAAAAAAAACCUGGAUAUUUUUUUAAUUUGGGCAAUUAAAGUAUAUUUGGCCAAAAGACAUCGGAGAACAUAAAACAAAUUUUAGUGUAAAUUUUUUAUGAACAUUAAUAUUCAUGUUACUUGUUGGCGGGGCUUUCUGUCUGGUGGACUUGGGUCAUAGAAUCAUAUUGACUUGGGUAAUUUUUACAUUUAUAUACAUGGUAGACUUCUGUAGUAAGUAGUAGUUAAGUCAUGAGAGAGGGCGCUAUGAUAUGAAUGUAAGAAAAGCCCAAGUCUUGGACUUGGGCUUUUCUUACACUCAUACCAGAUUUUCCUCCUUUAUUUAAGGCAUUUCUGAGAUCAGAUGAUAUCAGAUUUAUCAUCUAUACACACGAUGAGUCAUUGUAUACGGAACAAUUUCCCAUAUUUAACUCAAUUUCACAAAAAAUUGGACUUGGUCUGUUUUUAUAUUCAGAUACUCAAUUAUUCAACCAAUCGUUAUUAUAUAAACUUGCCUGGUGGUAUUAUGGUAUACUAAUUUGCGAAAUUAUAUUCAAAUCUAGUAUUAAAAGAACCAUUACAUAGACCAGACAUUUUGACUUUGAAAGCUGAAGUGAUUGGUUGGGCAUGGGCAAAAGUAUGUGCCGCAUCUCUAAACCAGUAUUUUCUGCCGGUGUCUUUCCAUUGCAUGUUUACACAUGAAUGUCAUGUUCAGAAUUAUUUUAAAGAUUUGCAAAAGUGAGACCAUAGGCUUUCAUUUUCUUUUGUUUAUGUUUAUCAAGUGUUCUCUGAAUGAGAAAGUAGGAAAGCUAGAAUCAAAUUCCUUUACCUUGUCUGUUCAAAAUAUCUUUACACGUAUGUCUUGUCUUCUUUCUUACCUUUUUUAUUGGAAGUUCAGCGUUAUUUUAUGAUUUUUCCAUUUUCUCACCCUUUACCUCUCUUCAAUUUCUGUCUUCUUUUAUGCUACAGUCUAUGCCAAAUGUUUUAUGUUGUCAUUUCAAAGAAAGAUUAAAAAAUGUCCAAGGUUGGAGACUAAAGAGUGGAACUUGGAAUAAAGGUAGAAAUUUAUUAUUCUGUAUAGUACAAAAUAGAAACCUAAUGAUACUGAUUAUUCAAGAA